AUGAAGCAAGUCGACGCCGCCAAGACAUUUGGGCUAUCGCUGACGGCGUUCAAGAGCGCUUGCAGACGCGUAGGCAUCCAUCGAUGGCCGUACCUCCGAAAGCAAGGCGCUAGCACAGAGCGGCAGGCGUCCUUGGCACAGGGGAGGCGGGCAGGCAGUGAGGGAGACUCGACCUCUGAGGAGCCUGAGGAGGUCUCAGGGCAGGAGGAAGGAGAGACGGAGGGCGUGGCGAGGCGGAAGCCCGUCUGUCUCUUGCCGAUCGAGAGCCUAGUCAAUACAAGCGAGGCGAGGCCUUACUCACCCAGCAAGGAGAGCUCGGGAUACUGGUCGCCAACGCACAGCAGAGAGCAGCACGAUCUUUUCGACGAAGCGCUAGAUCAUGUGCUGUCGAGAUACUGGUCCAUUCGCUUUGUUUAUAUCUUGUAG